GACAACAAUUAAUCAUUUAUUUGAUGGAGACUGUUUCACAUGUCUUUUCCCAUCAAGAUCCCAUGAACUAAUAAUAUAUACAAAUUUCAGAGAGACAGAGGCUUAGAAGAAAGAAGAAGCCAAGAACUAAAAAAUGGUUCAUGGAAGGUUAUGUAACAGAGAUGGCUGGAUCUUGACGGCGAUGGUGGUGACAGAGUUUUCUAACGUAGGAGUAAACACUCUGGUCAAAGCAGCGACGUCCAAAGGACUUAGCCCAUUUGUGGUUCUUGUAUACUCUUACACUUUUGGAUCUCUUCUUCUUCUUCCUCUUACAUUCUUCUCCUUCAGAUCAAGAUCUCUCCCUCCGUUGACAUUUUCAAUUCUAUGCAACAUGGGGAUUCUUGGUCUAAUUGCAAGUGCGUUUCAAAUCUUAGGCUACAAUGGGAUAAAAUAUAGCUCGCCGACUUUAUCUUCGGCCAUGAGCAAUGUCAAUCCUGCUUUUACCUUCAUCCUCGCCGUUGUUUUUCGAAUGGAAAAUAUAUCUCUAGGGAAAAAGAGUAGUGUAGCCAAAGUGUUGGGAACAAUAUUGUCAAUAAUAGGUGCACUUGUGGUUACUCUCUACCACGGUCCAAUGCUAAUGUCUUCACAUUCGGAUUGGAUCAUCGGUGGUGGCCUUCUUGCUCUCCAAUACAUCCUUGUCUCCGUCUCUUACCUUGUUAUGGCUCACACAAUGGGUCGAUAUCCAUCUGCCGUCGUUGUGACGCUUGUGCACAAUGUUUGCAUAGCUGUUGUGUGUGCAUUUGUGAGCCUUUUGGCAGAGAAGGACAAUCCGAAGGCAUGGGUCAUAAGAUUCGACAUAACCUUAAUUACCGUAGUAGCAACGGGGAUUUUGAAUUCGGGAUAUUAUGUUAUACAUACGUGGGCAGUGAGUCACAAGGGACCUGUGUAUUUGUCUAUGUUCAAACCGUUAUCUAUAUUGAUAGCAGCCGUAUCAACUUUCAUUUUCCUCGGCGAGUCGCUCUACCUUGGAAGUGUGAUGGGAGGAAUAUUGAUAUCAAUAGGAUUUUACAUGGUGUUGUGGGGUAAAGCCAAGGAAGACAAAGUUGACAUAAUAGGAGCAAUAGAGUCCUCUCCUUCACAUAAUGCUCCUCUCUUGGAUAAUUUUAAAAGCUAAUCAAUAUUCACUUUAGUUUUUCAUGAGUGAUUUCUGACAGAUUAAUACUAUUUAUGUGUGUCAUCCAUUUUAUAAUAUAGUUCGACCAAUAGUCCAAAACUCAUUAAAAAAAGGCGUAGACAAAAACCAGAGACACACAUAUUAGUGUUUGUUAAUAAAAUUGGUGUUUUGUGAUCCUUGGACCAUGGUAU